AUGGAUAUCGAGAUGACAAAUGCUCUUGGGGACAGAAAUGCUGUUAGCUCUGAGGAUGGCAUCAACCAAUCUGGCCGUGGUAGGCUCCUAACAUCCUCUGCGGAACAGGGCAAUUUGUACAAUAGUAGUGAUGCUAUGUAUCGCAGCGGGGAAUCAAUCCCGCAUGGCCAGGACGGCCCAACAUCCGUAGUAAGUAAUAGAGGAGGUUAUGUUACUCGAUCGGAUGAUGCCCGACCCAUUUAUGUCUAUCGUCUUGGUCCACAGGAAUUGACUGACUUCAAUGCCAUACUUGCCGCCGGGGAACAUCAAUGCUCUCCUGGUCUAGAUGGCGAAGACAUUAUACCAGUUGAUGCUGAUGGAUAUGAAUGUGAAUUUUGUAAGGCGUGCGAGGAUUACAAUCGUACAGCUGGCCAGAACAACGUGCACUGGUACACUGGAAGUCAUUUGGACUACGAUAUGGAUAGGGAAUAA